CUGAUAUGCCCCUCCCAUGAGAUAAGAGUUAUCUUCAUUAAUCAUUCUGAUCAUAAUAUGAUCAUCAUAUACUUGUAACGAAAGAACUUCAGUUUAUUAGUUGUCAAGAAUAUGCUUGAUACAGUCGGUGUCUGAUCGAAAUAAAACUAAUAGAAUGGCUCAAGAACUUCCAACACCUUUAAAACAGCUGUUUAGCUACAUUGAUGACCACCAGAAAGAAUACAUAAAUAAUUUACGUGAAGCAGUAGCUAUAAAAUCUGUCUCAGCAUGGGCAGAUCACAGAAACGAAAUUAUUAAAAUGAUGAAAUGGGCAGAAGCCAAAUUAAAGGAUCUUGGAACUAUUACAGAAUUAGUAGAUAUAGGGAUACAAACACUUCCAGAUGGAAGUGAAAUUGCACUUCCACCUGCCUUGCUAGGGUCUCUUGGGUGCGACCCAAAGAAAAAGACUGUUCUCUUGUAUGGGCAUUUAGACGUCCAACCAGCAUUAAAGGAAGAUGGCUGGGAUACAGAACCAUUUACACUCGUUGAAAAAAAUGGCAAAUUGUUCGGUCGUGGAAGUACAGACGACAAAGGUCCCGUACUUUGCUGGAUCCAUGCAUUGCAAGCUUAUAAAGCUAUUGGGGUUGAUAUCCCUGUCAAUAUUAAGUUUGUUUUUGAAGGUAUGGAGGAAAGUGGUAGUGAAGGUCUGGAUGAUCUCCUUUGGGCACGUAAAGAUACGUUUUUGAAAGGAGUGGAUUAUGUAUGCAUAUCUGAUCAUUAUUGGUUGGGCACCACAAAGCCAUGCGUUACAUACGGCUUAAGAGGUGUCUGCUAUUUCACAGUCGAAGUAAUUUGCGCUGCAAAAGAUUCACAUAGUGGUACAUUCGGCGGGGCUCUGCACGAGGCAAUGCCGGAUUUGAUAUAUUUGUUAAACGCAUUAGUCGACACAAAGGGUAAAAUAUUAGUAGACGGUAUUUAUGAAAAAGUUGAUAAGAUCAUGACAAAGGAACUGGAAAUGUAUAAGCAGAUUGAAUUUGACGUUGACGAGUUUCGAAAUUCUAUAGGAGCUAAACGUUUAGCUCAUAACGAAGAUAAGAUACAACUUUUGAUGCACCGAUGGAGACAACCAAGUUUGUCCCUCCACGGUAUCGAGGGUGCAUUCAGUGAGCCAGGUGCAAAAACUGUUAUCCCAGGGAAAGUUACUGGCAAAUUUUCGAUUAGACUGGUACCGAGUAUGACUAUCGAUAAUACUGUUCAGAAAGUAACAGACUAUUUGAAUAAAAAGUGGGCUCAGAGAGGUAGUCCGAAUAAAAUGACCGUUAGCAUGAUUCACGGUGGAAAACCGUGGACGGAGGAUCCUGAUCAUCCGAAUUAUUUGGCUGGUAGGAAAGCUACCAAGCAUGUGUACAAUGUAGACCCUGAUAUGUCGCGCGAAGGUGGUUCGAUUCCGAUUACUCUAACGUUCCAAGAAGUAACUGGUAAAAAUGUAUUACUCUUGCCAGUCGGUGCUGGUGAUGAUGGAGCACAUUCUCAGAAUGAAAAGUUAGACGUUCGUAAUUACAUCGGCGGUACUAAAUUACUUGGAGCUUAUUUGUAUGAGGUAUCUCAACUUUAGCGUUCAACUGCAAUAGAUAUCUCCCCACCUAUAUUCAAGAUUUCAAUUUAUUCAAGCAAUAUGUUACAUAAAAUAUUAAGGUAAUUUUUAUAAUCCAAAUGUUGAGUUGUCUGGAAAGUUUGUUCCGAUUUUUAAAUCGGUGAUUGAAUUAGAACAAGUCUGAGUACAUCAGAAUGAUUAAAAAUAAAUGACAUCUGUCAUCAAUAGAA